AUGGGUGUCCCGUGUGGUUCACGGGAAACCGUACGCCAAAAGCAAAAACUUUCACAAAUACAAAGGUCAGUUCUUUUAUGUAUUACCAAGUGUUAUUCAACAUCUCCCACAUCAGCUCUGCAAGUUCUCUCGGGCCUUAUGCCUUUAGACAUAAAAGCUGAGAUGGAGAGAAAAUUCUUUAGACUAAUUCAUUAUAAGGAAAACUUGGAAAUAAGCAAUCUUGUUAUAUGGUACAAUACCUUAGAAGAAAGAGUCCCGCACUUCCACACGCACCCUGCUCAUCAAGACAUACUUCCCUGGCAUAAAAAUACUCCAACACAGAAAAAUAUCGAAAUCUUUACAGAUGGAUCUAAGAUUGGUAAACAUGUAGGUGCGGCUUUCGUUAUGUACAACAAUGGGCACGAAGUUCAUUCAGAAAUUUAUAGAUUAAAUGAUACGGCUUCCGUGUUCCAAGCAGAGGUUCUUGCUUUAAAAAAAGCACUCAUCUGGAUAGGUUCCACAAUAACUGACAACAUUCCUAUUCGUAUUUUUACAGAUAGUCGUAGUUCCCUUCAAAGUUUAAAUAGUGAUAAAAUUACGAAAAGAAGCAUUCUUAGCUUAAAGGAAAUCAUAAAAACUCUUUUAGAUUCCCAUUCUCUAGAGCUUAAUUGGAUUAAAGCUCACAUUGGAAUCGCAGGAAACGAAAGAGCAGAUUCCGAAGCAAAAAGAGCAACACAACAAGAUUAG